UGUUAAAAUUGCCAUAUGGUCUAUACUUGUCUCUUGUGUGAGUUUUACCUCAAGGAAGAGAAAAAAGAAGCCACAGCCACAAGCCCACACCUUACAAGGGAAGAAAAAACACUAUACCGACUUCUCUGUUUGGAGAAGAGCCUCUCUUUUUCUCUCUCUUUCUAUCGCUCUGUUGCCAUGUCCAGGGUCCUCUCUGCAAGUUAUCCAAUCCUUUCUUUUCUCUUCCUACUUAGCGUGACUUGCUUUGCUAAGAAAAUCCAUCGCUGUGAUAAGCCUCCUUCCUGCGGCAAUAUAGAAAAUAUUUCCUAUCCCUUUGGAAUAGAAGGGGACCCAAACAAUUGCGGUGAUCCUAACUAUCUUCUGGCCUGUGAGAAUAAUAACACAGUAUUAAAGUUGUUUUCGAGGAAAUACUACGUACGGGCUAUCCAUCGCAAUAAUAAAACCAUCCGUGUUGUUGAUGCUGGUUUGCAACAGGGAAAUUGCUCCUCCCUUCCUCUUUUUCCUUUAACGGCUGAUAACUUUUCUUCUUAUUUCGAAUAUCCUUAUCAGUUGUCGCCGUCGUCAAAAAAGGUAACGUUCAUGAAUUGUGAGAAUCCAGUUGACUCUCCUCUCUUUGUGGACACACAGCCAUGUGUUGAUGGUGUGUGUAAUUCGAAGUAUUCAUUUGCCUCCCCCAACAAGAACAGGCGUUCAUAUUCGUAUGUUGUGUUUGGAGACGUGGAGUUAUCACAGAUUCCAGAUUUGUGCAGCGUGGACUUGGCAGUCGUCACAGCGUCGUUAAAAAAAUGCGACAAGAACUGUUCCUACUUGGACGUCUUCGAGGAGCUGCUAUAUGGGUUUCAACUUUCAUGGUCUGAGAUUUAUUGCGAAGAGUGCCAGAACAUUUUCAGAGACAGCCGCUGCAAAUUUAAUGAUGAUUUUUCAGAGUUUUCAGGAUGCUAUGGAGAGUUCGAGUGGUACAUUUUCCUGGCCUCUUAUAUUAUUGAACUUCUAUUAAUCGUCGCAUUAAAAUGUCUAAGUGGGACGGCAUGCAUAGCUACAUUCUUAAUUACAAAAUGGCGAAGGAGACAUUUAUCAAUGUAUGAUACAAUUGAAGAAUUCCUCCGAAGUCACAAUAACCUCAUGCCUAUCAUGUAUUCUUAUUCAGACAUCAAGAAGAUGACUGGAGGUUUCAAAGAUAAAUUGGGUGAGGGAGGCUACGGUUCAAUAUACAAAGGAAAGCUUGCAAGUGGCAGAAUUGUGGCAAUAAAGAUACUGGGCAAGUCAAAAGCCAAUGGACAAGAAUUUAUCAAUGAAGUUGCUACAAUUGGGAGAAUUCAUCACACUAACAUAGUGCAACUUAUUGGAUUUUGUGCUGAAAGAUCUAAGCGUGCCCUCGUAUAUGAAUUUAUGUGCAGUGGAUCUCUUGAGAAAUACAUUUUUUCACAAAAACAAGACGUUGCUUUGAGUUGUAAAAAAAUAUAUGAAAUUUCUUUGGAUAUUGCUCGAGGAAUUGAAUAUCUUCACAGAGGCUGUAGUGUACAAAUUUUGCAUUUUGACAUCAAACCUCACAAUAUUCUCCUAGAUGAAAAGUUCAAAGCUAAAGUGUCGGAUUUUAGACUCGCAAAACUAUAUCCUACAGAAAAUAGUAUAGUGUCUCUCCCAGCACCAAGAGGAACAAUGGGUUACAUGGCUCCAAAAUUAUUCUACAAGAACAUUGGAGGGGUAUCUUACAAAGCUGAUGUUUAUAGUUUUGGAAUGUUGUUGAUGGAAAUGGCUGGUAGAAGGAAGAAUUUGAAUGCAUUUGCAGAUCAUUCAAGCCAAAUUUAUUUCCCCUCUUGGGUUUAUGACCAAUUUAGCGACGGAAAAGACAUAGAAAUUGAAGAUGCAACAGAGGAGGAAAAGAAAUUAACCAAGAAAAUGAUGAUAGUAGCAUUAUGGUCCAUACAAAUGAGGCCUAGUGAUCGUCCCUCGAUGAACAAAAUUGUAGAGAUGCUCGAAGGAGAAGUUGAAUCAUUGCAUAUGCCUCCCAAACCUUUUCUAUCUCCACAAGAGCUGCAUCAACUGGAUACUGGAAUCAACAUGAAAGCACCAGCAUUUCCAAACUCAUCAAAUGAUAGAGCAGAUUCUGAAAAUUCAAUUGUAAGUCCAACCUGAGUGAUCUUACAUCAGAGUAGUGCCCUUAUUAUCUGAGAAGUGCAAUUUAGGCAGUUACUCAUUUCCUGAAUUUAAUACGACAUAGAUCCCUUGUGGUUUAGCCUAGUAUUCAAUGCUAUAGACAUACCAGUUGUUCUGAUAGGAGCGUAAAAUGUUGAGUACAUCUUCCAAUGAAAUAAGAAAAUGUUUUGCAGUA